GAGACGACACCAUGGUGGAGGAAGGGGCCAAAUGUUCACCGGGGUACAGGAAGCUGCCAUUGUAAACUUGGUUUUGGAAAAUAAUGAAAUCAGAUUACGAGAAAUUCAAAGCCACAUCAUCCAAGACAACACCUUAUUCAACAACAUUCAACGAGUCAGUCUGUCCACAUUGGCUCGCAUUCUCAAGCGAAACCAAAUCAGAAUGAAACAACUUUAUAAGGUGCCAUUUGAGAGAAACUCUCAAAGAAACAAAGAGUUCAGACGAGCAUAUGUGGAUGGAGUACUGGAAAUGGAUGCUCAUGCAAUCCCACAUGAGUUCAUCUUUAUAGAUGAGGCUGGGUUCAACCUAGCAAAGACCAGAAGAAGGGGGAGAAACGUCAUUGGCCACAGAGCCAUUAUAGAUGUUCCUGGCCAACGUGGUGGGAACAUCACACUGUGCGCUGCCAUCUCCAGUAUGCAUGGUGUCCUCCACCGUCAUGCCAACCUUGGACCAUACAACACAGCCCAUAUUCUCACAUUUCUGGACAGAGUUCAAAACAUUCUAGAGCGUAUGAAUGAUGCAGACCAUCAAAGAAACCGGUACGUUGUAGUAUGGGACAACGUGAGCUUUCAUCGUGCAGCCCCAGUCCAAAACUGGUUUGCUGACCACCCAACAUUUCUUGUGCAAUACCUCCCACCAUACUCACCAUUUCUGAACCCCAUAGAAGAGUUAUUUUCGGCAUGGCGGUGGAAGGUAUACGACCGGCAGCCCUUUGUGCGCAUGCCUCUUGUGCAGGCCAUGGAAGAGGCAUGUGAUGAGAUUGAUGUGGGUGCAAUUCAGGGAUCGAUAAGGCACUCAAGGCGCUUCUUCCCUCGAUGUCUGGCAAGGGAAGAUAUUGCCUGUGAUGUUGACGAGGCGUUGUGGCCAGACCCGGCUGUGCGGCAAGAUGCUACCUAA